AUGGGUGCUGGACAGUCCUCGACGAGCGGCGCUCAGGAGGCCGCCCCCGAGGCACAAAAGACGGGCUACUACACCCUUCUCGGUAUUGAACGCGAUGCCACCGAAGACGAAAUCAAGAAGGCCUACCGUCGAAAGGCUCUUGAGUUACACCCUGACCGCAACUAUGGAAACGUCGAGUCUGCCACCGCCUUGUUUGCCGAAGUCCAAUCUGCCUACGAAGUUCUCUCGGAUCCGCAAGAAAGAGCUUGGUACGAUUCGCACGAGUCUCAGAUCUUAAGAGGAGAUGAUCCAACUACUGGAGGCUCUGGAGGUGGCGAGUACGAAUAUGGCAACGUGAAGAUGACAAGUGCCGAAGAUUUGGCUCGUAUGCUUCGAAAAUUCAACAGCGGCGUCGAGUUCACCGAUGCUCCCUCAGGCUUCUUCGGCUUCCUUCGCGAGACGUUUGACCAGCUGGCUAAAGAAGAGGAGGCUGCUGCUCACUGGGAAGGACUUGAUCUACCUGACUAUCCCUCCUUUGGUCACAAAGACGACUCAUACGACGAUGUACCCAAGUCCUUUUAUGCCGUCUGGCUGUCUUUCAGCACCCGCAAGUCCUUCGCCUGGUGCGACAAAUAUCGCCUAUCCGAGGCACCUGAUCGUCGCUACCGCAGAUUGAUGGAGAAAGAGAAUCAACGCUUCCGAGAGCAGGGUAUUCGCGAAUUCAACGAGUCCGUUCGCGCUCUUGUUGCCUUUGUUCGCAAGCGAGAUCCUCGAUACAUUCCCAACACUCAAACAGAAGCCGAGCGACAAAAGGUCCUCCGAGAUGCUGCUGCCGCUCAGGCUGCAAGAGCAAGAGCUGCCAACCAGGUCAAUACAGAAGACUCUGCCAUUCCAGAAUGGGCACAAACAAUCACAAAGGAUGAGCAUGAAGGUGUCAUUGGUGAGAGCGAAUCAGAGGUCGAGGAGGUCUUCGAGUGCGUUGCAUGCAAGAAGGUCUUUAAAAGCGAGAAACAAUGGGACGCCCAUGAGAAGAGCAAGAAACAUCAGAAAGCUGUUCAAGCAUUGAGGAAGAAGAUGCAGAAAGAGAACGCAAACUUGAAUCUGGACAGCGAGCCAACAAGCGGAGACGCCACACCACUCGAUGUUGAAGACUACGAACCCCUACCCGAAGACCAAUACCCUAUGAUGGAAGACGAAGCUUUGCCAGAGGACGCAUAUCCCAUCAUGGAUGACGAUACUGCAGCAGACAUGGCAAAUCUCAAGUUGCAGGACGAUUUGUCUGAGUCCGAAGAUGAGGAAGCCACACAUUCUGUCAAGACUACAGAAGCCAGCGAAAAUCCGACAGAGGAGACCGCAGACACGAUCGAUUCCUCAGACGACGAAUACGCUCCAGCAUCUCAAGUCAAAGCUCGCCUCGGUCAGGACCCUGCUUCGAUGCAAGAUACCGUACCUAACAUCGAAGAUCCUGACUCAGACGCUACUCCUGCACAAGCACCAAAGAAGGGCAAAGCUGCCCAGAAAAGAGCAAAGAAGGCUGCGGCUGCCGCAGCUGCAUCCGCGGAGCAGGAAGAGAACAAGUUCAAGUGUGCAACGUGCGAUGCCAUGUUUCCUUCCAAAACCAGACUGCAUCAGCACAUCAAGGACUUCAAGCAUGCUGCCCUCAAGAGUGUCACUUCUGCUGGCGGUACAAAAGGCAAGAAAGGCAAGAGAUGA